ACCAUUCUAUCUAAAGCCGUGGCAAAAACUAUAGUAAAUUAUAGUGUUGCAGUAACUAUUUACUAUACCAUUGAGUAAAGAACUAUACCAACGAUCGGUGGAAAACGGAAAUAGUUACCUAUGGCGCUUAUUCGUAAAAAAAGAAUCACUCGAUUUUAAUACCAAUAUAAUGACGCGAUGCACGAUAACAAAUACGUUUAUUUAUUAUUGUAAUCGCCCUGUACACACGUGUUAAGAUAUUCGCGUGUGUCGUGCUCGUGGUGCGGCCCGGGAUUGGUGCCGGUCAUAUGGCCGAGAAAAAUCAAUAAGCAUGUGCGCGACCGCGUUCAACACUUCAGCGGGAUAGUCACAGUCCUCUGUGUGCACGCCGCGGUGUAACAACUGCCAACCGCAAUAACGGUAUAGCCGCGGUCGGGUACACAGCUAUUAUAACCGUGUGUAACCAUUGCUGACCGACGACGACUGCAGAACAAAUCGUAUUUCGGUAUGGCGUGCUCGCUCUAUUCGACAUAGUUUUUAGCACCGAGAGCUCGUCCGCCAUUCGUCGUAACCCGUACGCGCGCGAUAUUAUGACCACGCCGCCGCCACGACAGCCGCUGCAGUUCCCGUCUCGUCUCCCCGACCGGAAACCGUCGCCGAGAUCAACGGCGUUUGCGUCUGCGACGGCACACGAUAUUAUGACGAUAUAGUACACGGCACAUCGUACAUUGCGUUAUCGAUAUAAUAUUAUAUUAUUAUUGUUCGUCGGGUUUCGCGUGUCCUCGAGGAUCGCGUCCAUGUCAGGCGAGCCAUGAGGCUUAUUAUUCCAUGUCAUGGUGGUAGUGAGAGUGCAGAGAGCCCGAGUAUUUCGCUACACGCCGACCGCAAAGAUCUGGGCAUGGACAGUCAAGGUGCUUCCGUUCGUGUUAGUGUUGCUCGUCGUUUUCGCCAUGUGCUUCAUAGCCAUAACUCGCGCUCCAACUUUACAAAAACGAAAUUCUCUGAAGGUCAACAGCUUACAUGUGGCAAAAUUAAAACCAGAUCCAGCUAGCAGUGCACAGAAUAAAGAUUUCCAGUUAGAACGUUUGUUGAAGUCGAAGCCACCAAACCUUCACUUGUUCGUCACUCAGUUGAAGAACGAAGCUAACGGAUAUUGUUCGGGAAAACUAGCAGAAUUGCAAAGGAAUGCAGAAAAAUCAAAUAUAAUUUCAGAACGGUUAGAACCAUGUCGACCAAAACCAUGGUGCCCAAAAAUACCACCAGUGUUAUACGGUGCUGAGAAGUUGGAUAGCGUCGCCGUUAAUAUGACCGAAGAGGAGAUCGUGGACGCGGUUGGAUCAAUGGGCGUGGGCGGUUCUUGGGCACCGGAUGAUUGUAAAGCCAGACACUCGGUGUGCAUCAUUAUACCAUACAGGGACAGAAAGGAUCAUUUAUGGACAUUGUUGUACAGGCUCAUACCGGUGUUGAAAAGACAACAGUUGGAUUUCAAAAUAUUUGUCGUCGAACAGGUCAGCAAUGCAACGUUCAAUAAAGGGGCAAUUAUGAAUGCGGCUUUUUUGACGAUUUACCGUACGUACGGCCUACGUGCUGAGGGUGAUUGGCAUAAAGGGCUGUACGGCUGCUAUGUCUUCCAUGACGUGGACAUGUUGCCAGAGGACGACAGAAACAUGUACAGUUGUCCGGAAUUUCCCAGACACUUGUCGGUGGCCGUCAACGAAUUUAAAUAUCAAUUACCUUACCACAAGUUGGUGGGCGGCGUGUUCAACAUAAGACCGGAUCAUUACUUCCUCGUCAACGGCUACUCGAAUCUGUUUUGGGGUUGGGGUGGUGAAGACGACGAUAUGGGAUAUAGGUUGGAACAGGUCGGCUUGCCGAUCACCCGGCCGCCCGAGCGGUUGGCCCGGUACACGAUGGUCAAGCACGUGAAGCGCAAACCUCUCGCCCACGCCGUCCGACUCAAGUUAGUGCACACCAGCCAGAAACGUUACAGGGCUGACGGGCUGAACACGCUCAAGUACGAAGUUUUCCGGGUGGACACCGAGAAGUUGUACACCCGGAUACUGGUGGGUGUCGGUGACAUGCCCGAAUACGUCCGAUCGUUCGAGGUCGCCCGGCGGACCAUCACCACGGUGCAGAACAAAAGGUGGAAGUGAUCGAGCACUAUAUUUAGAAUAAUAUAAUAUAUAAUAUUAUGCCGUAGUAUAUGGGUACGUUCAUUAAUUGGAACGUCGGUAACCUUACCUAGUAUAUUCGUGUUGCAGUGUGAAUAUUUCAGUGCAGUUCAUUUAUUUAUUUUUUUAAUGACGUAUUAUUAUCCCGGUAAAAUAAGGAUGCCAUUUAAGUCACAUAAUAUCGUAUAUAAAAAAAAUAAAAUUGCACUUAAAAAAUAUUCACACUUCAUCAUGCAGAACUAGGGUUACUAUUAUACUCCGUUUAAUUAACACACUUCACUUUAUAUGACCCAUAUAUUAUACGAAUAUGACCUUAUAUAUAUUUUAUAUUUCUGUAAUACUGUUAUAGUUAGUGUAUACCAUGCCGCGUAUAAUAAUUAUAUUAUAUACAUACCUAAUAUAAAUAUAUAUAAUAUUAUAACGUGCAACGACGUGACAUAAUGGGUGAGGUCCAGUGGUCCUACAAUUUUUUUUUGAUUAGUAGAAACAUUUAUCAGUAAAUAGUGGCUCUAAUAUUGUAUCAAGAAUGAUUUUGUAUAUUUUUGUUAAAAUAUUAAAAAACAACUGUGGACCCCCCCCCCCACCUAUUUGUUUUCAGUCGGGGUCUUUUUGAUACGUACGUAUUGAUAUUAUGAUAUCGUUGAGUAUAUAGAUAGUUAUUAUACAUAUAUAGAAUGUAACAGGCCCUAUCCUAAAGAUUUUUUUUUAUUUUUGUCCAAUGUACAGUGGGAUAUGUGUUGAUGACUGAUACUCUGAAGAGGGGGUAGUAGAGGUAAUUCUUAAGAGCCACGCAGUGCCGUGCUAACUCUCAUUGGUGCCCUUGGGCAAUUUUAUUUGGUGUCCCUAAUAAACAUACAUGUUUAAACAUUUUCCGCCCUUUAAAAUGUUGCAAGUCUGGCCGCACUAGGGCACUUGCCCUAUUUGCCACCCCCUUAGCACGGCUUUGGAGCCACAAGUGUUUAUUAUUUUGAUAUUUUACGAUACAAUAUCAUUAUCAUAUCAUAAUAUAUAGGAUUACGAGAAUGUUGGAAUUGGAAAGCUUAAAGUUAUCUUCGUCCCUUCGGUCAUGAGAUUUCCAAACAUAUACGGUUAUAAUAUUAUUAUUAUUAUUUUAAUUCGUAUUAUAGCGGCGCAGUGGUUAUGUGAAUCGAAAGAAUAGGCAGGUGGUACAGGUUUAGAUUAUUAUAUUCUGACUUUGCCCACACGAUCGUUAGCCAACUGCUUACCGUCCACUUUGGGUUCUAUUCGGUUUGUUGGAAUAAGGCCUGUUACAUAUUAUUAUAUUAUUACAGUAAUAUUGUUUUAUAAUACUAGUGCUAUCUAUACUCAACAUUAUACUUGGUAGUUAGUAUAUUAUGAUAAGUACUUUAUAAGCCGUGGAUACAGUAUAUCUAAUUACGGCUAUUCUUAUCUGCGUAGUAGGUAUACCUAAAAAUACACACUGUUAUGCUAUUUAAGUGCGUACACAUAAAAUGUAAUCUUAAAAUACGAAUAUAUUUUAAUAUAUUUUAAUAUAUCGUAUAGUGUAUAAAUGUACACUAUACGAUAUACAUAAUAUAUUUAUUAUUUAUUUUUGUAUAGGGUUUUUGUACCUGUUGAAACUCGUAUAUAACUAUUAAAUUAUUAUGUAAUGUAAAAUGUAUAUACCUAUCACCUAUAAUCUGUAUAUUUUAUAUUAUGUCGUAGGCCUUUUGAAAAAUUCGACUUUUUAACCAAAGCCCAUUGCAACGUUUGGAAUAAAUUUUAACUAUUUAUAAGUAUUUUUAGUUCCUCCGAUUACAUCGGUUGAUUUUUAGGCCUAUUAUUGCAACGACAUGUUCGGUCUUUUGCGGAAAUAUUUGUAAAAUAUGCUUAUUUUUUUUUUUUAAACAGAAGCUGACAGGUAUAAUUAUUAAAUAAUAUUAAUCAAGCUAACAAUAUGUCUAUAGAUGUAUUACCAAUAGUAAACGUGAAUGAAAUAGAAAAACCUUAUUAUUAAUACUAUUAAGUUAUUAUCAAACAUUCAAACAGUAUUAUACGUAUCAUAUUAUCACGUAUAUGUACUGCAGUUAUUAAAUUACUACUUUUUUGUUUACUCGAAUACGUUGUUUUCUCAUUGUGGCUAUUGAAUAAUAGUAUUAUAAUUCCUACAGUAACGGACUGUCCCAUUGCAAUAAAUGACCUAAAAUGUACACGUUUUUUCCAAACGAAAUGCGACGUACAUAUUAUUAUUAUUAUUAUAAUACGCCUAUUAUACAUUAUUAUUAUAUUCGUUUGAAUAAAUCGUCCUCCUAUUAUUAUUAUUAUUAUAAUUAAUAAUUAUUAACUAUUAUAGUUUGGAAACCGUUGUUGAAUUAGCAUAUAAACAGAAUAUGUUUAUUGAAAUUAUGUUAUUUUUAAUAUAUUAUACCGUGUUCUUUAAUA